AGGGAAAUACUGGGAGGGCUAAACAUAUUAUAUAGAUAGUGAAAGAGAGGUUUUAUUAUAGUUUAAGCCAUUACACACUACGUGGUAAUAACCUACCUCAUUUUGUUCUUCUCACUAUUCACAUCAUUUCUAAUGAUUACACUACUUGUCGGAAAUUAAUAAUAACGCCACAAUAGGCCUGGGAAUGCACAGCGCUCUCAACUUUUUCUAAGUCCACAGGUAAACAUAAAUGGUGUAUUGUUGGCUGAACUUCAGUUGUUUAAUGCUUUGAAUUGUGGCUAGCUGCUGGAUAGGAUCACUGUGUCUAUAAUUCCUCGGGCCAAUCACGUGCUACCACCACUUAACACCACGAGUUGCACCAAUAGGAAAUCUCUAUAAGUACCCAUAAGCUGCGCGGGCAGGUUAGGUUAGGUUAGGUUAGGUUCCCCACAGGCCCCAAGCUUGCUUGAGGGAUUGGGGGGCCGUGGGUAGAGAUUGGGGACAUUGGCUUAAACAAUAAAUUUACCGAAAGAGAAGACGCAAGAAACACAGUAAUGAAGAGAAACAUGAAGGAAGCGCCGCUGAAUGAACUAAUCUUCCCGACAAGAAGCUGAACUUGAGAGAAGCAAGGACUGGAUGGCCUGAGAGGUGGUACAAGGCGAAACUGGUCACAAGAAAGAGGAUUGUGUCUUUUCCAUCUAUAAGGACAUAAGGACGGAAGGGAAGCUGUGAGAGCAUUCAAGAGCAAGGGAGUGAGGAGAAAAGCUUAGUCCAGUCUGCUGUCUAUGCAUCAAGCCUGAGCUGGUCUGCUCCCAUGAUGCAGUGUGUGGCAGUGUUAGCAGACACAGCUCUUGUCUGCACCUCAUCCUCUUAAAUAUAUCAGUUUAGCAGCACCACAGGACGGGAAAUCCCCAGAAAGGACAAUACCCAAAUGCUGAGGAUAAAAGGGUCAGACCAUAGGUGAGGCUGUCCGAGUGUUGGAGUGGAGUGGUGUUUGUACGCUGGUGUCAAAAGCAGGUCUUCUGUGAAGGAAGAGAGAGUGGCUGCUCAGACUGGAGGCCAAGACACCUUCACGUGUCUGGCCUCACCACAAGUCCCUAGAACAUCAUGUCAGGUGGUGUGAGCACUGGGACAAGAUGAAGAGAGUACGCAGCAAGUUUGUGGAUGUUUUGCGGCUGCAUGUGCGGGGUGGAGCGGGGGGCAUGGGCCUGCCGCGCCUUGGGGGAGUGGGAGGCGCAGGGGGUGACGUGUAUGUGGAGGGGAAGGAAGGCCACAGUCUGCUGAAGCUGCGCAAGGCUCGGCCAGACCAGCGGUGGGCUGGGGCAGCUGGCAUGGACAGUCGCAAGUAUCGCAUCUGUGGGGAGGCUGGCGCUGAGCUGACCAUUCCUGUCCCUACUGGCACCACCGUCUGGCUCGAGCAGCACCAGAAAUUGCUGGGUGAGAUAAACUGUGCAGGGGACAAGGUGUUGGUGGCUCGAGGUGGGCAGGGCGGCAACCCCAGCAACCAGUACAAUGGGCAGAAGGGACAGGGACACAUUGUGAAGCUGGAACUGAAGCUGUUGGCCGAUGUGGGUCUGGUGGGCUUCCCUAAUGCUGGCAAGUCCACACUGCUGCGGGCCAUCUCCAGGGCCAGACCCAAGGUGGCCAGCUACCCCUUCACGACGCUGCAACCGACCCUGGGUGUGGUGGAGUACAGUGACAUGCGGCGGCUGACCAUCGCUGACCUGCCAGGACUCAUCGAGGGUGCCUGGGCCAACGUGGGGAUGGGGCACCGCUUCCUGCGCCACGUGGAGCGGACACACUUCCUCCUCUUUGUGGUGGACAUCAACGGCUUCCGGCUGUCACCCAAACACCCAUACCGCUCACCCACCGAGAAUGUCAUGCUGCUCAACAGGGAGUUGGAGCUGUAUUCACCUGACCUGCUGAGUAAGCCAGCACUCCUUAUGGUGAAUAAGAUGGACUCCCCCAAUGCUGAGUCUCGCCUGCAGGAACUCCUUCACAACCUUAAGAGGAUGGAGGAGGUGAGCCAGCAAUUCCCUGAGGAGUUCCGGCCAGAGCAACACGUGUCCUUUGAUGACAUCAUCCCCUGUUCUGCCAAGACCAACCAGGCGUCUGUGCUCCACCUUAAGGAGCGGCUACGCAUGUUCCUGGACCUGUACCAAGAUCUGAAGGACCAGCAGACAGCAAAGGAAGGGAAGGCCCUUCAGAGGAUCCAUGGCCUGCUUCAGGAGGGUCCCCUGCGCCUGGUGUGAGCAGGAGGGGCUGUCAUGGCAUAUGAACUGUAAAUGUGUACAGAUAAAGUGUGUCAUUUUAAACCAG